GUCCAAAUGCAGCCCCACCCCAUACAAAUAAACAAAGACCCUAAGCUUCACACCUGUCUAACGUGGGUCCACAUAAGACAUUUGCUUCGAGAAGAAUACCUCAGUAUCUAAAAGUACAUAUAACGUCCAGCAUGAUAGAGCAGUCGAUGCACACAUGCACAAAGAGAGGAGCGCGCGAUUUAACCCUUGCGGUCGUGAACGGAACUCGCGUCGCGUCUUUAUCUCUUUUCUUGCACAUUACGGGUUGAUGACUGGAAAUAAGCGGGGGUUCAGAUGCUCUCCGUGUGUUUGUGUUAAAAAGUGGACCGCCUCCUCCCUCAUUUCUGUCCCCUCCCUCAAGAAACCCCCUUCCCAGUAGCCUUUUGUGCUCACGGUGCCCUACACAGUCACUGCAUUCCUGUUUCGAUUACUAUCCGCUCAUCCGAGAGCUCUGUAUUUGAGAUCUUCAUGAGAAAGUGGCCCAAUCCCGAGGAAAUUCUUCACAUCUACUUCUGGGACUUUGCUACGUUGAGGAAAUAUAAGUGGAGUGUCCAGUCCCAUUCAUACUUUUAUCCGAUCACUUACCUUCAGCGGACGGGGGGGAAGUGAACACAAAGAUUGUACAAGCGUGAAAUGGAUUAAGUCGCAUUGAGGAAAGCUGGAGCACCACAGACGAACGAAGCGACGGCGAAGGGGUCGGAGGGAGUCGAUGAAUUUCCAACAUCAACGAGAAAGAGAUUUUACUCGGCCAAACCCCAAAAUGAUGUCUCCAAAAGACAAGCCCAAGAAGAAGCCUCCCAAAGACAGCAUGACAUUACUGCCAUGUUUCUAUUUUGUGGAGCUGCCAAUAGUGGCAUCCUCCAUGAUCUCUCUUUACUUCUUGGAGCUGACAGACGUAUUGCAGCCAGCCAAAGUUGGGUUCCGUUGCCAUGACCGCACACUGAGCAUGCCCUAUGUGGAAACGGGAGACGAGCUCAUCCCUCUGCUCAUGCUGCUCAGCCUGGCCUUUGCCGGCCCUGCAGCGUCUAUCAUGCUGGGUGAAGCCUUGAUGUACUGCAUGCAGUCCAAACUGAAGAUUCGCUCUGGUUCAGAAGGGAGUAUCAAUGCAGGAGGCUGCAACUUCAACUCCUUCUUACGCAGAACUGUGCGCUUUGUGGGUGUUCAUGUGUUUGGGCUGUGCGCCACUGCAUUGGUGACUGACGUUAUCCAGCUGGCCACUGGCUAUCAUACUCCCUUCUUCCUAACUGUGUGCAAACCCAACUACACACUGCCGGGCGUGGCCUGUGAUAAAAACCCCUACAUAACCCAGGACAUCUGCUCAGGCCGGGACCAGUAUGCCAUCCUGUCAGCAAGGAAAACUUUCCCCUCCCAGCACGCCACUCUGUCUGGGUUUGCAGCUGUCUACAUCUCCAUGUACUUCAAUGCCGCCAUCUCAGACAGCACCAAGCUAUUGAAGCCUGUGUUGGUGUUUGCAUUUGCCAUAGCAGCAGCCCUGGCAAGUCUGACCCAAAUCACCCAGUAUCGAAGCCACCCGAUUGACGUCUACGUGGGUUUUGUGAUUGGGGCUGGCAUCGCUGUUUAUCUAGCACUAUAUGCGGUUGGAAACUUUAGGUCACAUGAAGAGGCCUCCCCUAGGCCAUUUAAGCAACCCCAUCCUCCACAAAAAGAUCCUCUAAGAGAACUGACACAGCGUGGCCAUGACUCUGUGUAUCAAAAGGCCCAUGCUUCUGAGAGCAACGAUGAGCUAUCAGCCCCGCCUCAUGUUGCUGGCCUGAACCGUAAGGUGCGUCGAGAGAAAGCCUCAAUGGGCAGCCUGAAGAGAGCUAGUGCAGAUGUCGAGCUCUUGGCUCCUCGCAGCCCGAUGGGGAAGGAGACCAUGGUGACCUUCAGUAACACACUGCCCCGUGCUAACACCAAUGCUAUGGAGGAGCCUGCUCAGCGUCACAUGACCUUCCACGUACCGAUGGACUCUCAGCGUUCUAAACAGCUGGUAUCCGAAUGGAAGCAGAAAUCAAUGGAGAUGCGCAGUCUCAGCCUUAGGGAUGAGGAGGAGGAGGAGGGAGCAACUGCAGAGGGAGUUGAUGGAGUUGAGGAGGAAGCUUCAGAGGAGCUGGGCAUGCUGACCUCCCUUUAUCCAACUGUGCAAGCCAACAGGGGAGCAACGACCGCAGCAGGUGGUGCCAGGGUGAUAAUACCUCAGAGGCCCGGUGCACCGCAGUUGGUUCAUAUCCCAGAAGAAGCCACCAGACCACCACCAGUGUCUCCUAAAAGCGUCACCACAAGGGCUAAAUGGCUGUCCAUGACAGAGAAAGGAGGUCCAGUACCAGCUGCCACGCCAGAACCCCCACGGCUGCCCAACCAGCCAAGGGUUAUGCAGGUCAUUGCCAUGUCUAAGCAACACGGUCCAGUUACCAUCACCACACCAAAGUCCUCUGAGACCGCCUCGUCCUGUGCUACCUCCAGCACUGGUUCAGAGUCUCCGUACUACCGCAUCCCAUCGGAACCAGACAGAAGCAGCAUUGUCACGGUAGACGCUCAUGCUCCUCAUCACCCAGUGGUCCGUCUGUCUUCAGGCAACGGGAACACCUGGGACUGGAGAAGCACCUCCAAUGGUAGCACCGAGGUCCAUGAGACUAGUCGGACACUGCCCAGGCAGGAAUGUGUGCGUGAUUAUCGUCCCAUGAAAACAGACUCCCUCUGUUCCUCUACCAGCGAGCCUGACCCAGGGAUCCUGCCUCCGCCACCUCAUCCUGACCUGCUCUUGGACAGCAGUCUCAGCCGAGAUUCCUCACUUCACCGUAACUCCUCAAUCUCAGCUAAAGACUGGGAGCCCGGACAGCCUCACCCAGAACCGGACCACUUCUUUAAGAACUUGCAAACAAACAGACAAUUUAAAGACUGAGGAGGGUUUUUUUUUUCUUUUUUGGGAGGACUCCAAUGUGAAUAAUUGUGUUUUCAGUGGAUGGUGAGAGAAUACAGCCUUCUUGGUUAUCUCACAUUGAGCAUCUGGGGUGGAUUAGUGCAGUGGAGCACCAAGAGGAUCACACAGAUUUGAGGAGGCUGUUCAGUGUACAUGCACAAACUGUGAGGACCCACAAACCUCAGAAAAAAAAAAGUUGUAAUUAAUACAUGUAUUAAGGGGUUUAUGCUCUUUUACAUCUUUACAAUUUUACAGUGCAGAAAAUGUUUCCGCUUUCAAGAUCCAGCUAAGUUCACAUAUGCCAAGACCAAACAACCAACCAUAUUUACAUUUUUAUUUGAGGUUUCAUAAACAAUGAUUUAAAUUGUAUUGUACAAGAGGAAAUCAUGUUACAGUUCUCUAAUGACUCACUGGGUACAGAUUUGUUGUGGGAAAAAUGGCUAUGCUGUGUAUGGAAUCAGUUUUAAGUAGGCCUAGUCACUUUCUCCUUUUUAUACUAAAAUAUGAAGUACUGUUCCUUGUUUGUGCGUGUUGCAUGUGUGUUUAUUUAUGUGUCUUUUAGACCUUGGAUGGACUGUUACAUAUCAGCAGGGAUGACCUCUUUCAUUUUUCUGCCCAAUGUUAAGGUUUUUGUAACAAACUUUGAAAAAUAAAAUUGUAAUAAUACUAUGUGCUUUUAGUCAGUGAAUCUAGUUAAUUCUGAUCAUUGUUUUGUGUCAAAAUCAACUGUAUGAAAAACAAGUGAUUGUGUUUAUUGCUUUUUUCCUACACUUUCAUAAAUUUUUAUUCAGACAGU